ACACUCUCCUCACAGUCUCUCUCUCCACUAACAGAACAAAACAGAGGGAGAAACAUGGCGCGAAAAUCCCCAAUCUCGCCGGCGACACUCUCACUGAUUCUCCUCGCCGUGCUUCUCUCUUCACCAGCUAUCAACGCCGGACACGACUACCGCGACGCACUCCGCAAAAGCAUAAUGUUCUUCGAAGGUCAACGCUCCGGCAAGCUUCCUCCCGAUCAACGCCUCCGAUGGCGCCGCGACUCCGCUCUACACGACGGUUCCUCCGCCGGCGUGGAUUUAUCUGGCGGUUACUACGACGCAGGAGACAACGUGAAGUUCGGUUUCCCGAUGGCAUUCACAACAACAAUGCUCUCAUGGAGCGUAAUCGAUUUCGGAAAAACCAUGGGGCCUGAGGUCAGAAACGCCGUGAAAGCCGUUAGGUGGGGAACGGAUUACCUCCUCAAAGCGACGGCGAUUCCCGGAGUUGUGUUUGUUCAGGUCGGAGACGCUUACUCUGACCAUAACUGUUGGGAGAGGCCUGAGGAUAUGGACACGCUUCGCAGUGUUUAUAAAAUCGAUAGGGCUCAUCCUGGUUCUGAUGUCGCGGGAGAGACCGCGGCUGCGUUGGCGGCGGCGUCGAUUGUUUUUAGGAAACGUGAUCCUGCUUACUCUAGACGGUUGCUUGAUAGGGCGACAAGGGUAUUCGCGUUUGCUAAUAGGUAUCGAGGCGCGUACAGUAGCAGUCUAUACCACGCGGUGUGUCCUUUUUACUGUGAUUUCAACGGUUACCAGGACGAGUUACUGUGGGGUGCGGCGUGGCUGCACAAAGCCUCGAGGAAACGAGUGUACAGAGAAUUCAUUGUGAAGAACGAGGUGGUUCUCAGGGCUGGAGAUACCAUUAAUGAGUUUGGUUGGGAUAACAAGCAUGCUGGGAUUAAUGUCUUGAUCUCCAAGGAAGUGCUAAUGGGAAAAGCAGAGUAUUUUGAGAAUUUCAAGCAAAACGCAGAUGAAUUUAUCUGUUCUAUAUUGCCUGGAAUUUCUCACCCUCAAGUCCAAUACUCUCGAGGAGGACUGCUUGUGAAAACUGGAGGGAGUAACAUGCAACAUGUAACAUCACUAUCUUUCCUCCUAUUGGCCUACUCUAAUUAUCUGAGCCAUGCCAGAAAGGUUGUGCCUUGUGGCGAAUUAACUGCCUCCCCAUCUCUCCUCCGUCAAGUCGCCAAGCGUCAAGUGGAUUACAUUUUGGGAGACAACCCGUUGGGAAUGUCCUACAUGGUUGGAUACGGUCAACGUUUUCCACGUAGGAUUCACCACCGUGGCAGCUCUGUUCCUUCAGUGUCAGCCCAUCCAGCCCGUAUAGGCUGCAAAGAAGGCUCCCGCUAUUUCCUCAGCCCAAAUCCAAACCCAAACCUUCUUGUUGGUGCUGUAGUUGGUGGACCCAAUGUCACUGAUGCUUUUCCUGACUCGAGGCCUUAUUUCGUGCAGUCGGAGCCCACAACUUACAUCAACGCACCACUCGUUGGGCUUCUCGGUUACUUCUCGACUCAUUCUUCUUGGCGAUGAGGAUGGUCUCUUAUUAGCUAUUGUCUCUCCUUAGAGGUGUGCUGGAAACUUUAGGCCACCCUAAAACCCUUUAAUUAUUUCUUAUGUUGUAGCCACUCUUUUUUAACCAAAUUGUAUUGUAAGCCCGUAAUUAGUGAAGAAGAGAAAGAGUUGUGCCCUACUUGAAAUUCUACUUAACUUUGCGUCAAAUAUGAUCGAGCCAUAUAAUAAGUUUCCG